GAUAAAGAAAAGUUAGAGGAGAAGAAGAAAAUAGUCAGUACUAGGCUUGUUUGUGGACUACAUGUGACAUGGGAGAGACCUCAUAAAUUCUUCAAGGGAGUCUGAACUUGACUGAACUUUAUUUUUGCUGAUUUUUUUUUUUCUCAAGUAACUUGUUCCAAAACAAAGGGUGCAAAGGGAAGAAAAAGAAGAAAUGAAGGACUUGGUGCAGUCAGUAGAACUGGGGGUCUCUCAGCGGAGGGGAGCAAAUGUAACUCGACCCAAAGUUUGGCUAAAGAAUGAACUUGUUCGUGUGGGACUUGCUGAAUCUCUUUGCACGUAUGUCAUGAUGGCGUUUGGUCUGGGGUCUGUGGCCCAGGUAGUGACCGGACAGGGAGCGUUUGGACAGUACUUAAGCAUCAACGUGGGUUUUGGACUCGGUGUUGCUAUGGGUGUUCAUGUUGGAGGGAAGGUCUCAGGGGCUCAUAUGAAUGGAGCAGUGUCAUUUACAAUGUGUGUGUUUGGCCGCCUUUCAUGGAAAAUGUUACCCUUGUACAUUUUUGCACAACUAUUGGGGUCAUUUCUGGCAGCAGGGACGAUUUAUGGCAUCUACUAUGAGGCCAUUCAUGACUAUUGUGGAGGAAACCUGACUGUAACUGGUGCGAGGGCCACAGCUGGUAUCUUUGCCACCUAUCCUGCACCAUACCUCUCCUUGAUGGCUGGAUUUUUUGACCAGGUGUUUGGCACAGCGAUGCUGCUGCUGGGCCUCAUGGCUCUAUCUGACCAGAAGAACAAACCAGCUGCAGCGGGCAGUGAGCCUGCUGCGGUGGGUCUCCUGGUGAUACUCAUUGGCAUUUCUCUGGGCAGCAACAGCGGCUAUGCUAUCAACCCUACCAGAGACAUUGCACCCAGGGUCUUUACUGCCAUAGCAGGCUGGGGAACUGAUGUGUUCAGGGCUGGAAAUGGGUGGUGGUGGGUGCCUCUGGUUGCUACCCCCAUUGGAGGAGUACUGGGAGCAGGGAUAUACAAAGUCUUCGUGGAACUGCACCACCCACCCCUCUCUGAACAAGAUGGGGGGUCAGCAGAGGAGUCCAUCCCUCUGGAGAAAGACCAAAACAUCUGUGCUAAUGUAUGUGUGUGACAUCCCCAGCUACGCAAACAAUUAAUUGCAUGUGUAGCCAUGUGGACAUUUGUAUGCAGUUAAAACAUUCCACGUCGACGAAGGGUUGAAAGACCAGAAGUUAGUGCUUAGGUGGGGAGCGAAGCAUGUUUACAAAAAGGGAGACUGGCUCUGAUAAGGUUUUAUUUUCAAAUCUAAAAUAAUCAGUCUGUCUCCCACACAACAUAUAUACUAGCUUUACUCUACUAGAAGUAGUAUAAUUGAGAGAUUUCAAUACAUACACUAAAGUAUACACUAAUAGACAUUUUGACUCAUCAAACUGAGAGACUUUUGUCUCUUUGUUCCUCCCUGUGCUUGUUUAAAAGAAAAGUGUCCAAAACAAAGCUAGGGCAAUUUCUUAAAUGAAGGAUGGACAGAAACACAGAAACUGGCUUAUAUUUUGCGUUUAUAUUGUUGAGGCAAUAGCAGCUGAUGCAACCUUGGAAGACACCAUGAAUAUCAUUCAAUAUAACAAUCAACAGGGGACCACUUCUGUGGUCGUAGAAACCUCAGAGUAUGUAAAGAGAAAUAAACAGUGCUAAUACAUUGCUUUAAAAAAACAUGUGUCUUUUUGAAAGUUAAAUAGAAACAGUAGGAGCUAGCUUCCCACAGCUUGAAAGGGCAGCAGCUCGACCAAAGAUAAUGCACAUAUUUGUCUUUCCACCAAGCCAGUGCACAGCAGCCAAAAAGACAAAAAAAAAAAGUAUACAUCUUUUCUCCAGAGUACUUACACAAAAAAUUUAAUCCUAGACGUUCUAUCAGGUCUGUGUAGCAUUACACAUCUGGCAUCAAGAGACAUAAAUGUAUGGCGAUGGACAAAAAUGCCAAAAUAUAACCUUUUUACAUGAGUUCAUUAAUGUGGAAUAUUCAUAGUGACUGUUGUUAUUCAAAAGAGCAACGGUCCUAAACUCUAAUGCAGCUUUUCACCUUUGUGAAGUUUAUAUUUAAGCACACCAUGUGAGAAGCACCGCAGUCAUACAAUGGCCAGUGGGUAACACAGAUUACUGACGCCUAUUUUCUUAGUUUAUUGCCAGUCUUUGACAUUGUAACAUUUCAUGCCUCAGGUUUGCAUCCACACAUUAGUGAUGUAAAGUUCGAUACUGAAGCUCAGAGAGUUCAUACGGUUCUUCCCACUGACGCUUGGUAUUGCGGCUUGAACAUUUCUGGUAAAUCGUGCGAUCAGUUUCUACCUGUACAAUCAUAUGAUGAUUUAAUUUUCAGUUUGAAAAUGACACUGAUACUCUUCAGUCAUACAGGCUGAAACCUACAGUAUUACUUUCAGUUACUGACGCUUUAACAUAUAGAAAUGUGCUACCUACUAAUUUACAACUUUCUUAAGAAUUUUACAUAUUUGAUAAAUAUAUUAUUGUUGUAUAAUACAGUCAAAAAUUAGCAACAAAUAAAGCCCAGUGAUAGUAACUGCAGUUAUAAAUGGAUAAUGUCCUUCUUGGUAGCAGCAGGGGCAUGACUUGACACUAUAUGUCAGUAUUAUAUGCACUAUAUAGAUUGAAUUUCCCUUCUGGGAUAAAUAAAGUAUUUUUCAUUUCA